ACCUGGACAGGAGAGAAUACCUUUACACCAGAAAGAACAUAUUGAAGAAGAUAACAUGAAAACGAUUAAAGAGAAUUUAAAGAAAUCGAAGGAACUAGUGUUGAAUAAACUUGCUGGAAUGAAUGUGCAAACUUUACAAAAAAAACGAUUUGUAAAGUCGUUUCCAUGAUAUGGUUUAGAAUCCGUAAAGUCGUUUCCAGGAUAAGGUUCAGAAUUUGGCUGUAAAGUCGUUUCUAGAUCAGAAGAACAUCGGGAGUUUUCCUUGGACAGGAGAGAAUACCUUUACACCAGAAAGAACAUAUUGAAGAAAAUGAUAUGGUUUUGGAUCUGUAAAGUCGUUUCUAUGAUAUGGUUUUGGAUCUGUAAUGUCGUUUCUAGGAUAUGGUUUUGGAUCUGUAAUGUCGUUUCUAGGAUAUGGUUUAGAAUUGACAAAAAUUCAAAUAUUUCAGAAAAGAUGGGUUUAACAUGGGACUUAGGAUUUAUAAAAACUAUGCCUGGAAUAGCAAAAGCUUCUGAAGUGGUUGUUGGCGUCAUCGGAGGAAUAACAGGGAUAAUAUUAGCCAGCGGGUUUGAAUCCUUCCUGUUCUGGACAACUGUUAUUAUAUCUGGAACUUUACUGUUUACUCAUAUAACCAACCUGACUCCUAUGAUAGAAGCAAAGUUCCCAUUCUUCAUGAAACUACAUCUUAUCUAUCUGGGGUUAUGGUCUGCUCUGCUUGUUUUGGAUCUUAUCCUUUGCAUCAUUGGGUUCAAGCUUAUCUUGGUAGUCGUGAUAGCUCUUCUCCUGGCAUUCUUGGUCGAUCUCUUCAUCAUGUAUAGAAAGUGGAGGUCUGUAUCUGUUGCAGCCCCUCCUCCCCCUGGUUCUCCAGCUGCAGCGGAAACCGGUGGAAAAUUUUAGUUCUAUCUUCACACUAACCAUAGGCGAGGGUUAUGGAUCAAUUUAAUCUUCGUGGAUUUUACUACGAGUUUGAGAAUCAAUGUUCCCGCAUUUCCAGUGUUUUUCACCAGUUUUUCACCAGUUUUUUAUAUCUUACGCAUACCAAGAAAUAUUUGGCAAGAGCUUACAUUUAAAAUAAUUGAAUCCGUCCAAUUAUUUUUGAAAAUUGUAUUUUACCAGUAUUUAUCUAAUAUUUAUAUUAUAUGUAGCAAUGUUUGAUAUGUUAUUUACAGACUGAUGCUUUUAUUAAUUAUUUCCUCAAGCUUCCAUAAUUAGUUUAUUGAGUUUUCUACUUUUCUCACUUUUGUUAUCUUCCCUUAUUCAAAGAUAAAAAUAAUUUGCUGAAUUUUUGUUUCUUAGUUCAUUUUAAGAACACGAAACAACCAGUUGAAAAUAUAGUUAGAUAAAACCAUAUAAGAUCUUUAUUGUGUUUUCCAGAUCUGAUAAUUUAGAUUCUCUCUGUGAUAACUUUUAUUUCAGAUAUCGAAUUGUGAUUUUUAAUGAAAUGAAAGAUCUGAUUUGCUGUUGAAUUUCGAUUAAUUUAAUUAUGAAAUGUAUCAUAAAUUAUUAAUUUUACUAAUAAUAUACUUUUUGUUUGCGUACAAAUAUAUCAAUUUGCAACUUGUGAUAAUUAUAUCUGCACAUUUUAUAAAUUUUUUAAAUACAUUUCUUCAUCACUUCUAUUUUUUCAGA